CGAGCCUGAGGUUUGGGCGGGCAGCGUGAGGUGUUUAGGAAGGGCUGGAGGUCUCCCUGCGUAGGGAGCUUUGCGGCGGUAACGACCGUAAUGCAGCCGGCUCGGAAGUUCCGGCGCGUGCCCACGCCUUUAGUGAUGGCUUACGAAGCACUGGGCUAUGAUCCUCCAGUGCGUUUAGAUGAUGAUACAGCAGAUCCUAUUGCUGAGUUGGUUGGCAGCCAAGGGAGACUGCCUGUGCUCCAGCCUGCUCCUACUGAAGUAGCUGGAAACCAGGGGACGCCACUCCUACACCAGGCUGCUCCUGCUGAAGCAGUCAGCAGCCAAGGGAGACCACUUUUGCUCCAGCCUGCUGCUGUUCAAGUGGUCAGCAGCCAAAGAGAUCCACCGCUUCUCCAGCCUGUUCCUGCUCAAGUGGCCAACAGCCAAGGAGGACCACUCCUCCAGUCUCCUCCUUCUCCUCCUCCUCCUCCUCCUCCUCCUCCUCCUCGAGUGGCUAACACCCAAGAGGGUCCUCUCCUCCAGCCUCUUCCUCAAGUGGCCAGCAGUCAAGGGGGACCCCCUGUGCUCCAGCCUGCUCCAGUUGACCUGACGGAGGAAGUAGAACACUUAGAAGAGAAUGUGGAGAACAUCAAUCCAGGAAGUUCAGGGGAGCCUCGGCAGGAAUCUGAUGCUAACCACCCUGUCCAAACACCCUCACUAAUGUCAAUGAACAGCUUCAUCAGUGGUCUGCAGAGACUUCAUGGCAUGCUGGAAUUCCUGAGGCCUCCGCCUUCAGACCACAGUGUGGGGCCACUGAGAGCAAGAAGGAGGGGGCGCAUUUCACGUAGGGUUAGAGCUGGAGCAUCCCAGAGGACAGACAAUGCCAGGUCCAGAACACCAUUGGAUGCUUACUUUCAGGUGAGCAGGAGCCAGCCCCACUUGCCAGCCACCUCUUACAAUUCACAGAUUAGGAAUCCAGUCUCUGAAGACGUACAGGAGUCAGGUAGUUCUGAUUCCGACAGUGACGACUCUGCAGAGUAUGAAGUUGUCCAGGCAGAGGAACCCAGAGCUGUUGCUGUAGAAGAACAACGAGGAGAUGUCUCAGCAGAGCAAGAAGUUACACAUAUUAGCCAAGAUGAGACCCUCACCAAAGAGUCUCCCCAGAAGCCCAGCACUCCUCUGAAUACUGCUUCCAUGGAUGAAGAAGAAGAGGGGGACAUUUGUACAAUAUGUUUUGAACAGUGGACCAGUGCUGGGGACCACCGGCUCUCGGCAUUACGCUGUGGCCAUCUCUUUGGAUACAGAUGCAUUUCUAAGUGGCUCAAAGGGCAAACACGGAAGUGUCCCCAGUGCAACAAGAAGGCCAAGCACAAUGACAUUGUUGUCCUUUAUGCCCGAACCCUGAGAGCGUUGGACACUAAUGAACAGGAACGUGUAAAAAGUGCCUUAGUGAAGGAGCAAAUGCUAAGGAAGCAGGCCGAGUUAGAAUCUGCACAGUGCCGGCUCCAGCUUCAGGUCCUCACUGAGGAAUGCAGUAGACUUCGCACUUGUGUCCAGGACUUGCAAAAACUUACGCAGGAACGGGGUCCAGUUUCAGGGCAGCGCAAGGGCCCCGGUGCUCAUUUCCCAAACGCCCUGCCUGCCAGCCGGAGCCAGCAUCAGUACCACUUCCAGAAGGCCUUCGCUGUGUCCCAGACGGGGAACUGCCGCACCAUGGCCCACGGUGGCGCUCUGAGCUGCCUAGUGGUUUCGCAGCCUUCUCCUCAGGCUUCCUUCUUUCCGGGCUUUGGUGUGAAGAUGCUGAGCACUGCCAACAUGAAAAGCAGUCAGUAUAUCCCGAUGCAUACCAAACAGAUCCGUGGGCUGGCUUUCAGCACGAGGUCCAAAAGCUUGCUGCUCUCUGCUUCCCUUGACAACACUAUUAAACUGACCAGCCUGGAGACAAAUACUGUGGUCCAGACUUACAAUACUGGGCGACCUGUCUGGAGCUGUUGCUGGUGUCUCGAUGAAAACAACUAUGUCUAUGCUGGACUGGCCAAUGGGUCAAUUCUGGUGUACGACCUGCGAAACACAAGCUGUCAUGUGCAGGAAUUAGUCCCUCAGAAAGCCAGAUGCCCUCUGGUGUCCCUGUCAUACAUGCCCAGAGCUGCCUCAGCUGCAUUUCCAUAUGGUGGGCUGUUGGCUGGAACCCUGGAGCAUGCUUCCUUCUGGGAACUGAAAAUGGGCUUUUCACACUGGCCUCACGUGCUGCCCUUGGAGCCAGGGGGCUAUGUGGACUUUCAGACAGAGAGCAGCACCCGACACUGUCUGGUAACCCACAGGCCUGAUAAGAACCACAACACCAUGCGAAGUGUGCUGAUGCAGAUGUCCUAUAAUCUGGAUGACGCUGGAGAGCCAGUCUGCUCCUGCCAUCCUGUGCAGACAUUCCUUGGGGGACCCACUUGCAAACUGUUGACCAAAAGUGCCAUAUUUCAAAGCCCAGAGAAUGAUGGCAGCAUCCUGGUCUGUACUGGCGAUGAAGCAUCAAAUUCUGCCCUGUUGUUUGAUGAGGGUGAGCAAGUCCCCCAGCUGGACUGUCUGCUGACCCUUCUUUGCUCUCCGCUUGUCCUUAGCUGUGGGAUGCUGGCAGUGCGUCAUUACUGCAGGACCUGCAGACCGAUCAUCCUGUCUUGGACAUCUGCCCGUUUGAUGUGAACCAUAGCAGCUACCUGGCCACCUUAACAGAGAAGAUUGUCCACAUCUAUAAGUGGGAGUGACCUCUCAGGCCUGCUGCAGGUUGACCUUCAGUGUUCUUUGCCCCUGAGCAAGAUACCUGCUUGGUGCCUGCAAAUGAGAACUUCUGGCUCCUUUAGAUUAGGGUGGUCAUGAGGCAGGUGUAUCUGCUCUAUCCAUGAAGACAUGACUGCUGCUAUUCAUCUGUGUAAUUGCUUUCUCGGGUUAAAAGCCUUCGUGAAUCUUUGCUGGAAAUCUAUAUUCUGCUGGACCUAAGGGAGUCCUCUCAGCAGUCAUGUAGGAUUUGAGUGUGUACCAAGUGUUUUCUGGGUGAUUUUACACCCACCACCCACCUGAGCACCUUGCUGGGCUAAUUGAUACAUUUGGAAGGGGCCAACCUUCCUGGGUUGAUGCAGCCCUGAUGCAGAAGAAUCUGUCUCCCACUAAACACAAGAGGCCACUGGAGAAGCCUGUGUAGGGUGUGAUCUUAUUUCGGAACUUGAAGGCCUAUGACCUAGUAACUGCCUCAUCUGCACAGAAGUGUGUGGUAGGGGGGCUGGGAAUUUAGCUCAGUGGUUCCACCACCUGCCUCACAAACAGAAGGUCCUGAGUUCGAUCCCCAGUACCAAAACAAAAACAAACAAAGAAUUUAACACUUUAUUGGGGCGGGGAUUUAGGUCAGUGGUUCUGCUGCCUGCCAUGAAAGCUCAAGGUCCCAAGUUCAAUCCCCAGUAUCAAAAAAAAAAGAAAGUGUGUGGUAGGGUGCCUCUUGUGCUUUGUGGCAACAGCAGUCAUGUUCUGGCAUGCAGUGGUGUAGGGUGUUGGCAAAUCCAGUGAUGAAGGUGGCUGGUGAGCCAAAGCCUCAGCUAAUGCUGUGUGUGCUAAGAUUCACUGCAUUGUAGGAGCUAAGGAAGGGGACCAGUUGUGUGAACCAGCGUGCCUAGGAUCUCGGAUUUUAUCUAAGCCAGUACUUUACAGACUACUCUUCUCUCCCCCUACUAGGAAAAGAUGAGUAAUAGGUCAAAGCUACUUGAGUCUUCCAUCAUAUCUGGAGCAAGGGACUGAAUAAGAAAGCUGAGUCAGGUGUGGACAGUGUGAACUACAGUGAGUUGCUGUCUCAGAAAAACAAAGAAAAGAAAGCCUACGGAGCAGAAAGCUGCUGUGGAGAAUGGAAUAGGCUUUGUCUCUCACUUUGGAAAAUUCGCUAACUAGAAGCAACCCCUCUGUGAGGAGCUGUUACUGAGCAUGUUUAUAAUUCCAAGGUAAUGGUUUCCCCUUGUGAAUUGAUGUUUGCUUCCUCUUUCCCCUGGCUUACCUCUCUAACCUCAGAAUUCUGAGUGUUAUUGGUAAUGUGGUUAUUCUCAGGAAGAUACCAGUGGUUGCACUGUGUGGACGGCAGGGAGGCACCACCAGCUCUCAUUCCAGUCCUUGUCUCCAACUGGAGGAGCUGCGCUUCUCUCCAGCAGAGGGCAGGCGCAGGCUGUGUUUGCUUUGCCUUUGGCUACUGUGCUGAACCACCCUGACACACUUCCCGUGUGGACAGGUCAGUGUUCUUGGAAGCAGCAUGGCUAACAGUAUGAUUUCUUAAAUAAUUGUUAGCGAGGUGUGAGCCUUCUAUGAAACAGUUCUGACUUGUCCACUCCUCAGCUGUUUCCAAAAUCUUUCUUACCAGCAGGGGAUUAAGGUAGAUUUCCCCAUAGCUCCAAAUUGCCAACUUUUUUUGAAACAGGGUCUCACUAUGUAGUUGAGGCUGGCCUUGAACUCAUGGUGAUCGUCCUGCUUCAGCCUCAUCCUAAGUGCUAGGAUUACAGAUGUGCGCCACCAUGCCCAGCUCCUGUAGCUUCAAGUUCUGGCUGUGCCUUUUAAUGGAACCUUCUAUGUUAGGAUACCUUUUAUUUUUUUAUUUUUGAAGCUAUCACAAAAAGCUGCAACUUGGGCCGGGGAUUUAGCUCAGUUGUUCCAAUGCCUGCCUCGAAAGCACAAGGUCCCGAGUUUGAUCCCCCGUACCAAAAAAAAAAAAAAAGCUGCAACCUGGGAAGAGCCCCCUUUUUUCAGGAGAUACUGCUUUUGUUAUGUUGAUGAAUCAUGGCUGCCCUGGCCUGGAGUUUCCCUGGCAGAAUGGGGUUUGUGUUUUGGCGGGGGGGUACUGGGGAUCGAACUUGGGACCUUGUGCUUUCGAGGCAGGCAGCGGAACCACUGACCUAAAUCCCCGGCCCUGGGGUUUGGAUUAAGAAGCAAAACUCACGUGGCUUCUGCAGAUUGCCAUAGAGGAUCCAGGUGUCGGCCUUUGUCACCUCUGGGCCGGGUCAGCAUUAGGAUUUGUCUGCCCUGAAGUAACUCAGCGGUGCCAGUUGACUCCCCUGAGAGGAGGAGCCGGGGAACGCACUCCCAAAGGUGCAAGUGAAUGUCAGCUCUUGCCAGUUGAUACAUUUGUCUGGGGUGGAGGCUUCCAGGAACCUAAGGCCGUAUGUGUGCUAUGUGUGCUAUGCAUUCGCCGUACCACUGAGCUACAUCCCCAACUCAAAUUUUCAAAUUCAGCUGACUGAUAGUUUUCCCUGAAGAAGGAAACCUCAUCCUGGCCUCUGCCCACCGCGCUUGGAGGAGGCUAUGUCCAGACCCAGGCUCUGCUCUCCUGAGCAUAUCGGGGCCUCUGCCCCACGAGUUCCCUCAUUCCUGCCUCCAGGAUUGUUUUCCAUUUGAAGUUUUGGAGUUAAGUAAGUUCAAACUAGUCUGUCAUUGUGUGUCCUUGCACCCGCUUUGAAAAUAGGUCGUAGGAUUUCAAUCUGUGUUCUGUGUUUUAAUGUUUGUCUUUUGAUGUUAAUAUGAAAAUAAAGAAUUUGCCAUUUUUAAUAACAGCA